UUCAAUAUAUUAAAAAAAAAUUUUGAAGGGAAAAUUAUUGACAUUAUAAUUUCAAAUCUUAUCUCCACAAUUCCUAUGUCAACAGAAAAGGUGGAUAUGACUGAGGAUAACCACUCCUUGACAACAGAGUUUAUCCUGAUAGGAUUUACAAAUCAUCCAGAGCUGAAGACCCUUCUGUUUCUGGUGUUCUUUACCAUCUAUCUGAUCACCAUGGUGGGAAAUCUUGGCCUGGUGGCACUGAUAGUCACAGAGCAUCGUCUUCACACACCAAUGUACAUCUUUCUGGGGAAUCUCGCUCUGAUGGAUUCCUGUUGUUCCUGUGCCAUUACCCCAAAGAUGCUAGAGAACCUCUUUUCUAAAGACAGAAUGAUUUCCCUCUAUGAAUGCAUGGCACAAUUUUAUUGUCUCUGCCUUGCUGAAACUACAGAUUGCUUUCUCCUGGCAGCAAUGGCCUAUGAUCGCUAUGUGGCCAUCUGCAAACCACUGCAGUACCACACUAUGAUGUCAAAGAAACUCUGCAUUCAGAUGACCACAGGGGCCUACAUAGCUGGAAACAUUCAUCCCACGAUUCAAGUAGGACUUCUGUUUAGGCUAACUUUCUGUAAGUCUCAUCAAAUCAAUCACUUUUUGUGUGAUGUGCUUCCAUUAUACAGACACUCUUGUGUGGAUCCUUAUAUCAAUGAAUUGAUGAUAUUCAUCUUUGCAGGGUCAGUUUUAGUCUUCACUAUUACCACAGUAAUAAUCUCUUACCUUUUUAUUCUUUUCACAAUUUUCAAGAUGAAGUCCAAAGAGGGAAAAGGUAAAGCCUUAUCUACGUGUGCAUCCCAUUUUCUCUCUGUCUCAAUAUUCUAUGGUUCCCUUCUUUUCAUGUAUGUUCGACCAAAUUCAGUUAAUGAUGAAGAUAAAGAUAUACCUGUUGCUAUUUUUUAUACUCUGGUGAUUCCCUUGUUAAACCCAUUUAUUUAUAGUCUAAGAAAUAAGGAAGUCAUAAAUGCUAUGAAAAAAAUUAUGAAGAAUUUAUAACUUUAUGAAACAAAUAUCAAUCAUCCUUAUGGACAACUGAUUAUAAUGUCACUAAACUUCCAAAAUCAAGGAACAGCAAGAAAGUGGGAAAAGGCCAUGACAUACAUAAUACUGAAUUACUAAAACAUGAUGAUGUAUUCAUCAAAUAAAGAUGUUCAAAAGAAGAGAGUAUGGUAAAUAUAUUUCUAAAUCUAAGCUACUAGUUUCAUUAGGAAUAAACUAAAUAAUUACAGUUGAGGUCACAACUGUGUCACAGUAUAAUCAGUUACACUAG